ACUGCCACGUCCACUAUUAUUAUUAUUAUUAUUAUUAUUAUUAUUAUUAUUAUUAUUAUUAUUAUUAUUAUCUGGAGAGCUAUAGUGCAGUUCCAUGCCUCUGUAUGAGUCGGGAGCAGCCAGUCAUGCUUUUUUCAUCCAGUGUUUCCUACCCAGCAAGAUUGUUAUGUUCAUGUGUAUUCAUGAAGUUACUUUAAUUAUUUUUAAUUUUUAUUGUCUUGUUCAGAGUGGUUUUAUUGUUUUAUUUGAUUGAUUGAUUGAUUGAUUUCUCCACUUUGAGAAAAUCACCAUCACACCCAAAAGCAAUAGCAGCAGUAUUAUAAGCCACUUAAGAUCAUAUCCUGGGAAAAGAGAUACAGUUGCAGUGAAUAAAGUGAAUUUACUCUUGUAAUAAAGCUGUACUAAUAUUAUCCUUCUCAUCUUUCCUAUUAUUUGAUGGAUAUCUUAUUAUGUAUCAUUUUGUUGUUUGUAUCUUAUGAUGCAAAGACUGAGAACUUAUGCACCAGAGACAAACACCUUGUGUAUCCAAUCACACUUGCCCAAUAAAGAAUGUUCUAUUCUGGACUUCCGGUUCCGGUUUGCGGCAUCACUAGUCGCACAGGGAGACGUCUCUCCUCGUCAGCUAGGUUUCCCUCUGUCGGUGGACCCUUAUACAGAUCCAAAGUCACCCUGGAGGAUGUGACUUCCAUCAAGGAGGCUGCUGUCUGGCUGCAGAGGAGCGGCGGCUCCUCCAGCUGUCCAGACGAAUCUCCAAGGGCCGACAGAGAAGAAGAUUCGCCAGUAAAAUGGCCAAUCGCCCUGCCACUUCAGACCGUAAGUCAGACAACAUCUAAGCUAAGAAGUGCCCCUGUAGUGAAUCCGGAGAACCAGAAGAAGCAGAGACCAAGAUUUCUAACUACAAAGCAGCUACGUUCCAAGGAGAAUAGGAAAAGAUGUUUACUGCAGAGGAAGGGAUUUAUAUUUCCUCAAAGAUCACCACAAGCAACAAGAAUGGAUUUAUUGGUUGAAAGGGAAAAAAGACGUUUACUUCAGAGGAAGGGACUUAUAUUCCUUCAAAGAUUACUGCAAGCAACAAGAAUGGAUUUAUUGGUUGAAAGGGAAGCACUUUUAUGGAAGCCUGUGUGGCAUAGAAAGAAACCCAGAAUUAGACUUAAAAAGAAAUUCAAAAAUUUUUAAUGGAGUAAAAGGCA